UGCUGCUGCUGGCGGCCCCGCCGCCCGCCGGCUCCGACAGCCCCAAGGGGAAGCAGAAGGCGCUUCGCCAGCGGGAGGUGGUGGACGUGUAUAAUGGCAUGUGCUUGCAAGGCCCCAGUGGCGUUCCUGGACGGGAUGGAAACCCAGGAGCCAAUGGGAUCCCUGGGACACCUGGAAUCCCAGGAAGGGAUGGGCUGAAAGGGGAGAAGGGCGAGUGCAUGCGUGAGAGCAUCGAGGAGUCCUGGACACCCAACUUCAAGCAGUGUUCGUGGAGCGCACUUAACUACGGCAUCGACCUUGGGAAGAUCGCGGAAUGUACGUUUACCAAGAUGCGCUCGAACAGCGCUCUCCGUGUGCUCUUCAGUGGGUCCCUCCGGCUAAAGUGCAAAAACGCCUGUUGUCAGCGCUGGUACUUUACUUUUAAUGGUGCAGAGUGUGCUGGGCCACUUCCUAUUGAAGCCAUAAUAUACUUAGAUCAAGGAAGUCCGGAGUUAAAUUCUACUAUUAACAUACACCGAACUUCUUCAGUGGAAGGUCUGUGCGAAGGGAUCAAUGCUGGCUUGGUGGACAUUGCCAUCUGGGUUGGGACUUGCUCCGAUUAUCCACGGGGAGAUGCUUCUACUGGAUGGAAUUCAGUCUCCCGAAUCAUCAUUGAAGAACUGCCAAAAUAACUUCCCCUCCCUUUUUAUAAUAUCUUUCUAGGGUUUUUUUUGUUGUUGUUUUUGUACUAUUUUCUUCAGAACUUACUUCAAUAGACUUGGAUGCAAGUACUGGACUGCAAGGCACCCAAGCCUUGCAUCUGUAGCCUUUGUCAAGCCUUGUUUUGUACAUUGCAGAGGCUUUUUAUAAUAAUAAUUUUAGAAUAUAAAUAUCAAACCCAAGUUCAUUAACUUUUUAAAUUCCUUGUUUGAUGUAAUACCAUCACUGUUCUAAGAAUUAGCCAUAACUUUUUGUAUCAAAUAAAUAAUAUCUUUUACCAAAAAAAAAAAAUCAGGCUAUUUUAUUGAACAUUAAUCUGCUUGAGAUAUUUUACAUGGUGUUAAUGGUACACAAUUUUUUUAGAAGACUUUGAAGUUCCAAGAAAGUAAAUUCAAGUCUUGGCUUUAGCCUUCAGAAGACAUACAUAACUAUUCCUGUAAAUCUGAUGGCAGAGUAACAUGAUCUGCUGCUACAGUCUUGUCAUAACAAACUCCCGGUGAUGUAACUGUGACCUAGAUGGUGUGGUAAGCAUUAAAUACCUUGUUCUGAAUAAUUAAGUAAAAAUAGACUAUCUAAGCUCUCCUUUCCUCUUUUGC